GCAAAUAUGAACGUUGUCAUUCUAGACUGGGGGAGCCUCUCAAGGUCCACAUACGCCAUGUCUGUUAAAUUCUCCAAAUUUACCGGAAUUCAACUUUCCAAUUUUCUGCACUUCUUAAAGAAGACUUACCCAAGCUUUACGGGCGCUCAGGUCCACCUUAUCGGUUCAGCAUGGGCGCCCACGCCUCUGGGAUUGCUGGCAAUCGGUUUCCUGGACUGGCCAGAAUUACAGGUCUCGACCCGGCCGGGCCCUCUUACGAAUGCGUCAGUGACGAGGAAGUCUUGGACGCCGGCGACGCCGACUUCGUCGACAUCAUUCACUCGAACUCCGGUUGCUUGAGCAGAGGACACCUCGGCUACAGAAUUCCAACGGCGCAUCAGAACUUUUACGUCAAUGGAGGCGGAAGACAGCCCGGGUGCGCGCCCUUUUUCAUAGACGCCGUUGCUGACAUCAUUUUUGGAGGCAAACUCCGAAUAUGCCACCACACUCGAUCAGUCGAGUACUUUCUGGAGACUAUAAACAGUGAUCAGAUCGCCCAAGCCUUUUCCUGUCCCGACUACAGUACUUUCAAGACGGGUGCAUGUCUAGGAAACUUCAGAACAUCGUUCGGAUAUCCUGCUUCUUCUCUCAUUUCUGCAGCAAGACAUCACGGCCCUCUCGCGCUCUUCUUGGACACUCAGGGUCAAUAUCCUUUCCUGUCGAAACACAUCAAGAUUGGAGCUUAUUUGGAGUCCAGAGGAGACGGACGUGCCCAGGGCGACGUUGAAAUUCUUUUCCUUUUACCCACUCAAAACCGAAAGAAAAUUACCCUACUUAGGUAUGGCACAAAUAUACUUCAUGAUAAGCUCCUGGUAAAUAUGAUCACCCUUCCCAUUGCAAUGGAUAUUGGCAGCUUAAAGGUGAACGUCGCCUAUAACCUUCCAGUAUUUCGACGACCAGCUACAAAUGACACGCUGCAGAUCUUGAGAAUCAUGGCAGUCGAUGUGACUACGAACGAUGGAUAUUGUGUAACUUCAAAAGUUUCCAUCACUUUAUCAGACAGCAUAAUCGGAAGGCCCAGAAAAGGACCUUGUUGAACUAAAAUAAAACAGGCGACUUUUAUGGAGAGACUGCAAAGUGCGUUCCUGCCUUUACCACGCUGCUGUUUUUUCACGAGUGACAGCCAUUACUCCCGAGUAAGGACUAUUUAUAUGGAAGAAAUCUACUUAUACGAAUA